UUGAAAGCAAUUAAGCUGUAUGAGUGGCCUAUCUGGUUUUUUCUUCAAUUCAUUCUCCCAUUUCCUCACCUGAGAGAGUAGUACAGUGCGCCAUGGACGCAGUUGUAGAGUUGGUGAUAAGCAAGGUAGCACAAAGUGUGGAAGAAAACGAGACGCUGAUUCUUGGGAUAAAGGAUCAGGUGGAAGAUCUGGUGAGCGAACUUAUAUCGUUCCAUGUGGCAUAUCUCUAUAUGGUAGCCGGGAAUGAGAACUGUAAUGACAACGCUUUGCUCGAAGACGUGGUGAAGAAGAUUCAGAAAGUUGGAACUGAUGCUGAAGAUGCCAUUGAUAAAUACCUUGUAGAGCGAAGGGAGCACAUAGCCAGAGGGGGGGUCCUCAUGAAAUGGGGGGAAAAAGUAAGUUAUUAUAACAAGGUAAAUGAAGCUGCCAAGGAGAUGGAGAGCAUUAAGAAAAGGGCGGAGAAAAUCCGUGUAGAUCUUGCCCAUUCCCUCCAAGGCGGUUUGCUAAAUAAUCCUCAGCCGCCGCCGCCGGCGCUUCUCCAGGCUCUUGUGGUGGAAGAAGAUGAUAUGGUAGGUUUUGAUGGUGAGCUUAAAAUUAUAAAGGAUCAACUCAUUGAAGAAUCAAAAGAUACGACUUUCAUUUCAAUUGUGGGAAUGAGUGGGUUGGGUAAAACCACAUUGAUCAAAAAGGUAUUCGAGGAUAGUGAAAUUGAGUAUGAGUUUUUUCCUCGCCUGUGGGUUUAUGUAUCUAGAAGCAUGAAUAGGAGAGAAAUAUUCAUGGAUAUUAUAAGACAAUUUACCAAGCAAACCAAUGAUUACAAGAACAUGUCAGAGGAAGAAUUAGGUGAAAGAAUCAAGGAAUUUUUGAAGGAUGAGAAGUAUUUAAUUGCGAUGGAUGAUGUUUGGUGCAAGGAAGACUUGGAGCUUUUGAAAAUUGUUUUUCCUAAUAGCAAGAAUGGGAGUAGAGUAUUGAUAACAACACGUGAUUUCGGGGUUGCUAGAGAUGUUGAUUCCUAUGGCAAGCCACAUGCCUUAAAAUUUUUGUCCAACGAUGAAAGUUUUGAGUUAUUAACAAUGAAAGUUUUCGGCAAAGAAGCUUUCCCUGAGUAUCUUGAAUUCCCGGCGAGAAGAAUUGCAGAGAAAUGUAAUGGGUUACCGCUAGCAAUAGUGGUUAUUGCUGGUGUCCUUAAUAAAGGCCAAAGCUCAUUAUUGUGGAAUGAAGUGGCCGAAAAUCUUAUUUCAAUAUUCAAUCACGAAACCCAAGACUACAAUAAUAUACUAAGAUUGAGUUACAAUCAUUUGUCUAACCACACAAAAGAUUGUUUCUUGUAUCUUGCAGCAUUCCCAAUAGAGCAUGAGAUUUCUGUUUGGAAACUGAUUCGGCUGUGGAUUGCAGAAGGAUUUAUUCCUCCAGUAUCUGGUUCCACCAUGGAGCGCACAGCUUACUCAUACUUGAAGGAAAUUGUGAGCAGAAAUCUGUUGAUGGUGGUGAAAAGAAGAGCCGAUGGUGGUAUCAAAACAUGCCGCCUUAAUAACACAUUGCAUGAGUUUUGUAAGGAUGAAGCUGCAAAGAAUUAUCUCUUCCAUGAGAUAAAUGGGGCAAGAAUAGAAGGAAAUGAUAACUAUCGUCGCUUGUGCGUCCGUUCCUCCCUUAAAGACUUUAUAGGCUCGGAGGAAAAGCCAUCAGGUGAGCACAUCCGCUCUCUUCUAACAUCUCACAAAUUAGAUGUUCCAAAAGAGCACUUGGCAACUAUCCCAAAGUCCUACCCCUUUCUCAAAGUGUUUGAUGCUGAAUCCCUCAAAUUCGAAAUAUUGCCCAAAGAGUUUUAUCAGUUAUAUCAACUACGAUACUGGGCUAUUUCAACUGACAACAAUAUCAUUCCAAAACUAUUCACUCAUCUUUGGAACUUGCAAACUCUUAUGCUCAAUACUACAUCAAGUACAGUUGAUGUUAAGGCUGAGAUAUGGAACAUGCCAAAACUAAGGCAUAUCCUGUCUAAUGCUUCUUUGCAACUCCCCCAUCCUAAUUCAGAAAGUUGCAAAGAAAACUCUUCUUCUUCAUGUCCAGAAUUGCAAACUCUUUCCACCAUAUCACCCAAAAGCUGCACUGAAGAGAUCUUUGACAAGACGCCUAACCUUCAGAAACUGGGCGUCCGUGGGAAUGUAUCAGAGCUUCUAGAGAGCAAGGAAUCAGGACGAAUUUGCUUGUUUGACAAUAUUCGAAAGCUGGAGAAACUCGAAAAUCUGAAACUCAUGCAUGAAGCAGCUUUCAAUGAAGAAGCUGCUGCUACCACAUUGCGGAGCAUUCCACAAGCUGACAAAUUCCCACCCAACUUAAGAAAGCUGACAUUAUCCGAGACGUCCUUUGAUUGGAAAGACAUUUGUGCAUUGGGAUCCUUGGACAAGUUGGAGGUCCUCAAGUUGGAGGAAUUUUCAGCGAAGGGAGAGUCUUGGGAAUUGAACGUUAAUGUUGUUUUCAAGAGCCUCCAAUUCUUGCGCAUUGGGAGAACAGAUUUGGUGUACUGGACCUGUGAGCAGAGUAGUUUCCCGGCAUUGAAACGGCUUCAAAUAUUGCAGUGUGAACAACUUAAGGAAGUCCCACUUUCCUUUAAGGAUGUGAAGAGCCUCAAGAUUAUUGACUUGUUUUUUACCAACAAACAGGCUGCUAAUUCUGCAAGGAAUAUACGAGACCAGAAACCUAAGUUGGAUAACUUUGUGCUCUCUAUUUUGCCUCCUCAUCAUUGACUUCAACUCCAUCUAUUGCGAUGGCGGUUGUUACUUUGUUGUUGUUUUUUAUUUUUAUUUUUUCAAAAUAAAGGUGGGCAUGUAUCUAUAUGGUUGUUGGCCGGCCGGGUUCAUAUGUGGAACUUUAUCUGGGUGGUGACUUUGCUCAUUUAUUGUUUCCAUUUUGGCUUUGUGGCUACCAACAUCGUUUGAUUGAGACUUUUAUAACCUUGGAUUUGACAUUAUUAUUUACCGUGUUUGUUUGUCUACUUUUGAUAUCAUACAAUUCAGCGAGGGGGAUUAGUCAUUGUGUAUAUUUUUAUAUAUUUUAUUUAUUUAUUUUAAUUCAAAUUCUUAUUUACUAUCAAA